CUUGAAAUUGCUCAACCGGAGACAGGAACCAAUUGCGGGUGAGCGAGUCAGCGCGGAGUCGAAGAAGCGGCUUGACAGCUUCCCGGCUAGCCGGCUGCCCUUAAGCUUUUGGCCGCGAGGGAGGGCGGAGUGGCCGCCGAGGAGAUUGCCCUCUUGAGUUAGACCCCCUUGGCCGGCGCCUUUAAGAUGGAAAUCUUGUACAAUUAUCCUCGGCUAACCUGGCGCUUGGACUGUAACCAAAUGUGCUGCCAGCAAUAUGUGAUAUUCUGUAUCUCCCUUAUCAUGCUGCCCUUUGGAGUGGGCAAUUCCUUAUUUUCCAAUUCCUUAUCCCUGGAGGAGCAGCUUUUCAACUACAUUGAUGAACAUCAGGAUGAAUUUGUUCAGAAACUUAAGGAAUGGGUGGCUGUAGAGAGUGAUUCCCAACAGCCACGUCUAAGAGCAAAAGUCAUAGAAAUGGUCAAAAUAGCUGCAGACAGUCUUGAAGACUUAGGAGCUACCGUAACACUCAGUGAAAUGGGCAUUCAACAGCUGUCUGAUGCUCAGAAUCUUCCAUUACCUCCAGUCAUUCUGGCAAAGUUGGGAGAUGAUACACAGAAACCAACUGUAUGUUUUUAUGGACAUGUGGAUGUGAUGCCAGCUAAAAGUCAAGAUGGAUGGAAAACCCAUCCUUUCAGUUUAACAGAAAUUGAUGGAAAUCUGUAUGGGCGUGGAGCAACUGAUAACAAAGGACCUGUUUUAGCCUGGAUAAAUGCUGUGAAUGCAUUCAAAGCACUAAACAUAGAUUUACCAGUAAACAUCAAAUUUCUUAUUGAAGGCAUGGAAGAAGCAGGAUCCAUUGGACUGGAAAAAUUGGUUGAAAAAGAAAAUGAAAGAUUUUUUUCCAGUGUUGACUAUAUUUUGAUUUCAGAUAAUACCUGGCUUUCCAGAACAAAACCAGCUCUUACAUAUGGAGCUAGAGGAAAUGCAUGCUUCUCAGUGGAGGUAGAAGGCGGUGAAAAAGAUCUUCAUUCAGGAAGUGCAGGUGGCAUCAUCCAUGAGCCCAUGUCUGAUUUGGUAGCUCUACUUGACAGUCUCGUGAAUUCAUCUGGACUUAUUCUGAUCCCUGGAAUAUAUGAUGAUGUAGCUCCGUUUACAGAAGAGGAGAAAAAGCAGUAUGAGUUGAUAGAAUUUGAUGUGGAAGAACAUAAAUCAAAUCUUGGAGUAAAGGAAUUCCUUUAUGAUACCAAGGAGAAAAUACUCUCACAUAUGUGGCGCCUGCCAUCUCUCUCUAUUCAUGGGAUAGAGGGAGCUUUUUAUGAACCAGGUAUCAAAACGGUUAUACCAUCAAAGGUCAUAGGAAAGUUUUCAAUCCGGCAAGUCCCUCAUACGGACCUGUCUAAAGUGGAACACCAGGUGAAAAAACAUUUAGAAGAUGUAUUCUCUAAUCGAAGAAGUCCAAAUAAAUUGACUGUGUCUAUGCUAAUGGGUGCAGUGCCCUGGAUUGCUAAUAUGAAUGAUCCUCAGUAUACAGCUGCUAAAAAGGCAAUUAGGAAAGUGUUUAAUCAGGAUCCAGAUAUGAUCCGGGAUGGAUCAACAAUUCCAAUUGCCAGAGUGUUCCAGAAUAUAACAAGGAAGAGUGUGAUGAUGCUUCCAAUUGGUGCAAUGGAUGAUGGGGAGCAUUCCCAGAAAGAAAAAAUUAGCAGAUUUAACUAUAUCAAUGGAACCAAGAUGUUUGCCUCCUUUUUACUGGAGAUUUCAAAACUUCAGGCUUCCAACUGGAAACAGUGAUGAUGGUCCAUAAAACUACAGGCUUAUUAUUUUCAUUUAUGUCUUCUGCAGUUCAAAAUGCAUAUGGUGAUGCUGUAUGAAUUCUUCCAGAAAUAUAUUUUCAGACUUACAAAUUCUUAUGAUACGUAGCUAAAUAUUCCUUUCUCGUUUGCUUUUUGCCCCCUAAAUAUAUGUAUUUCUGUGAGAGAAAGGCUGGAUUCACACAUUAUAUUAUUUGUUGAACGAGCCAGUGGAUGAGUUCAUAUAAACCUAGGAAUGGGCACCUUGAAAGAUGUAUAUGGUGCCUUGUGUGAUCUGUAAGCAUCCACCAAAAUCUGUGGCAAGAUGGUUGAAAAAUCAGCAGCAAUUUUUAAAAAUUAAAAAUGGCAAACAAUGUUGGGAAUGCGAUCACAAAAAUUCUAGCAGAUGAAACAGCUAGUUUGGUGACCAUGUUGUGCCCAAGUAUUCUGAUGCUCAAUUCUUUAUUUGUAUGUUUUAAAACACUUAUGAAUUUAGCACCAUGGGAAGGCUAAAUCAUGGUGCACAUAAAUAUUAUCAAUAUUAUUCAAUAUUCAGAUUACUGUUUUGCUAGCACAUUUAUCUCCCAUCUGUAGGUAUUUUCAAGUACAAUAGCCUAUUAGAUUAUAUCGUUUGCAUUUAUUUUUACCUUGAACUCAAUUAUUUUCUAAUCAGUAUCGCUACCAAUAAUAGAUUUUAAUUGUGUCACAAUAUUAUGUUGAGUGAACUGUACCAAAAGUUAUGUCAGCCAUACCAAUGAAAUGGUUUUGUUGUUUAUGGUAGACCCUAAGCCAUUUUAUGAGAGUAGUACUCACAUGGUUAGAUGCUGAGUUGAUGAUCAGCAAGCCCGUGUUUGAGACCCAAGUGCUGCUGUGUGGUGGGGUGAGCUCCUGCCAUUCGCUCCAGCUCCUGCCUACUUAACAGUUCAAAGUGAGCAAUUGUGAGUUCAUAGAUAGAUACCACUUUGGUAGGCAUAUUAGCAGAGACUUGAAAAGACCCCCUAACUGGGUGUCCCACAGGCAAGGCUAAUCACAACUUGUCAUCGGCUUAUUCUUUUCAACCCGGAAGUGCCUUAGCGGCUUGCAACAUGAAUACAAUGACAAGCCAUUUUAAGAACUUUGGAGUAGCUUUGAAAAAUCAUUAUAACAUUGAUUUUGUUUUUAAAAAAGGUAACCCAAAAAGCCUCACACCUGAGCAAUAUCUUUAAUAAGUCAAGUUGAAUGUUACAAAAUGGUAUGCAAACAUCUGAGCUAAUUGAGAGCUGUAAGAGAGCUGAUCUGAUUUUUUUCUGGAUUUCAUUUUAAAACUUUUUUAGCAUAUAAAAUCAGUUUGUGCUUCUGCAAUAUACAGACAUGUAGUUUUCUUUGUCAUAUUUUUAUUUUGUUGCUUGAUAAAAAGGUAUGCUAUUUUUCUUUUUUAAAAACUGAUAUUAUAUACUUUUUAGUUAUCUUUACAAACUUGACAUGCUUCUAAAAAAUGAAUAGAUGUUAUAAUUGUAAAAAAAGGACCAAUUAACAGUGACAAUAUAAUUUGUAUUUUUAUUUUAGAAGACCUAUGCAAAUUCCGAUACAGUCUGCUAGAGAUUAGAAACUAAUCUCAACAUUUGGACCAAAGAGAUCCAGGCACCACUGAGAUAGUUAUAUUUUAAAAUAAUUUCUCAUUUGCUUGGGAUAGUUGUUAUAUUUUGGGGUUUUAAUUUAUAAUAAUUAUCGGACUGAAAAAUAGGCAGUGGCUUGCAAUUCCCAAGUUCUUG